UUGCUGACUGAGGAUCACAUGCCUGAGUCAGCUGACUGUGAGCCAUCAUAAAAGAUUGAGCUCAGCUCCCGUUCUGCAGUUUCCUCCUUCAACCGCCGACAAACACAAACCGACUGGAAACAACGCAGUCAUGCUGCUACUAACUCUGCUCUUCGUGUCCUCAGCUGUAGCAACACCUCUGCUGGGCACUGAGCAGUGUGCCCGCGGCCCCCCCUACUGGUGCCAGAGCUUAAAGACGGCAUCGCUGUGUAAAGCUUUUACUCACUGCCAGCAAAAUGUGUGGAACAAACCUCAGAUGAAAACGGUACCAUGUGACAUGUGUAAAGAAAUAUUGAUGGUGGUUGGACAAUUGCUGAAAGACAAUGCAACUGAGGUGGAAAUUCUUGGGUAUCUGGAGAAGGCGUGUAAUCUCAUCCCUGAUCAGGGUCUGGGGGCCGAGUGCAAGGAGAUAGUGGACAGCUACUACCCCAUCCUCCUUGGGAUCAUCACUGGGGAACUGGAGGAUCCAGGUGUAGUGUGCGGCGCGAUGGGUUUGUGUAAAUCUACCCAGAUGUCCCUAGCCAGGUUUGAGCACCAGGAGGAGCUCAAGUCCAAUGAAAUCCCUGAGGUGGACCUUGCCCAGCGUGUGGCACCCUUCAUGCUCAAUGUUCCUGACCUCCUGUAUCCCCAGAAUACAGAAUAUCCUGCUCCAAAGCAGACGGGUGACGUGGUGUGCCAAGACUGCAUCAAGUUCUUCUCUGAUGCUCAGGCAGAAGCAAAGGCCAACACCUCCUUCAUCGACUCCCUGAUUCAGAACAUUGAGCACCAGUGUGAUAUGUUGGGACCAGGCAUGUCUGAUAUGUGCAAGCAGUACGUAGGACAGUACGGCCCUGCUGUUGUUCAGCAGCUGAUGUCCAUGCAACCAAAGGAGAUCUGUGCUCUUGCCGGUUUCUGUCCAGAAAUGAAGAAGUCCGUCCCCAUGUUGGACCUUCAGCCUGCAAAGGCCAUCCCUGCUGCCAAAACCAUGGUGGCUGCUAAGCUUUUCCCUGCCACCAAAGUUGAGGCUCCUGCUUCAAGGCCGAUGGUACGCAUCCGUGAUUCGCCAACUUGUGCAAUCUGUGAGUUUGUGAUGAAGCAGUUGGAGUCCAUAGUGGAGGAUCAUGCAACAGAGGCGGAGGUUGUUCAGGCUGUGGAGAAGGUGUGCACAUUUCUGCCCUCCUCUCUGACUGCCCAGUGCAAAGACCUGGUUGAGACGUACGGCCAGGCCAUCAUUGAGCUGCUGGUGCAGCAGGUUGACCCCAAGACUGUCUGCACAGUGCUGGGACUCUGCAACGAUGCUAGCCGCGCAUAUAUUGUUGCCCUGGACAAGGCUCAUUUUGAGGUUGGCGGCUACUGUGAGGUGUGCAAGAUGGCUGUGAGUUACAUCGAUGGCAUUCUGGAGAAGAACGCCACAGAACAAGAGAUUGAGGAGGCUGUGAAGAAAGUAUGCAGCUUCCUGCCUGACUCGUACAAGACGGAGUGUGACCAGUUGAUUGAACAGUAUGAGCCAGUUCUCAUCCAGCUGCUGCUUCAGAUGCUCGACCCAGACUUUGUGUGUACGAAAAUGGGAGCUUGCCCUGCAGCCAACCGUCGUUUUCUAGAAAUGUUGGCGUGCUCGCGGGGGCCUGACUACUGGUGCAAGGUCAAGGGAGCAGCGGAACUGUGCGGCACUGUGGCUCACUGCAAACGUUAUGUGUGGAAGGAAUAGAGCAUGACGACAAGCUGGAAAUGGAAAUUAAAAGGAAAAUUACUUUAGAGCUGCUUUCCAUUAUUAAUUUUUUGUCUAAGACUAAAACUGCUGUGACAUCUGACUAAAAUAACUUCAUGUUUUGAAUAUGAUGGCAAUGGACUGGCUUUGUCUUUUCUCUAUAGUUUGGGAGAUUGAAGGUGGGAGGGGGGUGAUGACAUCAUUUAUGUGAAACUUGGUCAGGUCUGAUUUUUGUAUUAAUUUUCUGUAUUGCUUGCUUGAAAUGACAGAUUAAAUUUAUUUCACACCCACCAUUAUAGCUUUACUGACUGCAACCUUGUGAACCAAUUACUGUUGUACUGGCUUGUCAUUAUCUUUUAGCAAUCAUGGGUGAAUCUCAAACAUUUUGUAGAUGUUUUUAUGAGCAUAUGUGGAGGCUACCUCCCAAUGUUUGCACUCUUAUCUUUGUAAAUUUGACUCCAAUGCAUAAAAUUGUAAAUGUGCUUUGAGCAACUGAACAUUUCAGUUGAUUUGACUUUAUCAAUUAAAGUAAUUUCCAAAUCAAAA